GCUCGAGUUUCGGAGUGUGGGGCCGCAGAAUGAGCAAGAAGAUAGACUCGUUCCGGCGGGCUGGUUCCCGCGAAACGAUCUGCUCCAUUUCCGAGAGGUCGGACCAAGGGAACGCCAGCAGCAACAACGCUAACGGCGUUAGCAAUCUCGCCGGAACCGGCAACAACAACGUCGCCCCGAAAACGGACAAGCCAGUGGCUGACUCGAAGUUCGACAGCAAGCCAGAAAAGAGGACACCGGGAACGUUUCACAGGUCUCCCUCGCCGUUCAAGUCCUUCUUCAUCCGUAUGGGUUCCACGGGGAUGCUGAAUUCGGCCAGGGGCAACCGACGCUCGCAGAACGUCGACGACAGACUGAAGACUACCGAGAAGGAGACUCUCUUCAGAAGCUGCAGCACGAGCCAAUUGAACACCAGCCCGACUUACGUGAAGGGUGACGACCCUUCGGAAGGGAUCGACCUGCAGAUCUCGAGCCGCAAGGACAAAACCGUGUCCUGCGACAAUCUGGCCGGUCGUCAGAGCGACGACGCGUUCGACGAGCACGUCGGCGACGCUUCCGCGGGUCUGUACCCACUUGGCAACCCCGCGUCGAUCACCAGUUUCAGCCCUUGCGACUUUGGACAGUCGCGGAACGAGUCGCCGAUGCGCAAGAGCAGCAGCUGCGACUUCAAGGAGGCGAAGAAGUCCAGCUUCCCGUACGCUUUCCUGCGAUCGAAGCUCUCCGUCCUGCCGGAGGAACGUCACGGCACGUUCGCCGCGAAGGACGAACGGUUGUUCAAAACCGCGUCCGAGGAGCACUUCCCCGCUUUGAAGAUCGAGGAAACGUACACGGGAACGACGACGCUGGGACGGCGACGAACCAGGAACGGGAACUUGGUCGGCAGAGGGAGCGCGAGCAAGUCUCAGGAACAGUCAGCUACUUCCGCCUCGAAACCCGGACGAAGCUCGUACGCAGAGUUUCGAAAGAGCUCGGCCAGAUGUCCGAGCGAGGACACCCGGUACGCGCUGACACCCGGCCACUUGGAGAGGAUCGACGACAACUUCCAGCAAGAGGACGCAGGAAGUUGCUACAGCCCGUACGACAGCAGCCCGAUGUCGCUGCGUGGCAACGCGAGCGUUCAACACCCGACAGCAACGCUCGAGGGUGGACAGGACAGAGUGGACUUUGCGGGAAGGAUCAACGAGUCGAGAUUCUCCGAGACGUCCUCGUUGAACGUGGACCUGGACAUGGUGGCCACGCUGAGGAACCACCGGCGAAACUCGGCGCCGAGCGGCGAGCAGAGGCUCUCCUCUCACUAUGUCAGCUCGAACGAGUCCGGCUACGACAGCGACGGCCCGAGGGGAGAGUCUGCCGCCGCUUCGGAGAACGAGGGCGUGAGCUUGAAGUGCACGGACAGCUCGGACACGAGCAGCGUGAUCGACUCGGAACUGGAGAAGCCGAUACGAAGCUCGACGCCGAGCGAGUGCCAAGAGCAAGAGAACGGCAACGACACGAGGACGAGGAAAAACGACGAGACGACGACGAACGCCUCGGUGAGGACCGGCGCCUCCGAGUUGAACGACGGCAUAGACGGGCUCAGGUGGCAUCAGAGCAAUUCGGGACGGUUGCUGCCGAGCAUACAUCAGACGUACGAUGACGCGGCGAUGAGUUCUCAGUUCCCCGUGUGCGGGAACAACGGGCUGAGAACGUUGCAGAGCGCGUCGAAAUCGUUGGACAUCUCGCCGCAUCGAAUGAGACUGCAGCAGGACAAGAGCAGGUUUCUCAGUGACAUUAUUCAACCGCCGAAGAGAGUGAGGAGAUGCAGGCUGGUUCAGCUGCACAAGAGAGACCCGAAGGAAAGUUUGGGCAUCCGGUUGGCGCAACAACGCCUAGGCGAGCUGCGGUACAUCGUCGUUCAGUUGGAGAGCGACGGGAUAGCGCAUAGAGACGGAAGGCUAAGGCUCGGCGACGAGAUCGUCGAGGUGGAGGGCAAAGAGCUGAAGACACUGGAGAACCUUGAGGAGGUGCAGGAGUUUCUUAGAUCGUUCACCGGCAACAAGAUUCGCCUGAUGACCGCGUACGAGGAGACGGUGCCGCAGGUGUACGUCAGCCCGCCGACCUUACCCGGCGAAUACGAGUACCUGGAGAACGCGAAGAACCUCUCCGAUUUGUCGUUGAUCGACGACAACGGAGCCAAGCAGACCGUCGGACCGCAGUCUGAUCAAGCGUCGAGCAAACCCAGCGCGGACGAGAGCGUUCAAUCGACGAAGAGGCCAGACUUUCUGCCGCUCUCCUGCAUGUCGAAGGAACGAAAGGCGGCGGAAAGUAACUUGGAAUCGACGACGGAGCCGCAGCAUUACUUGACCAGGCAUAUCGCCAAGUUCGAGAAGGGUUACGGCAAGCCCAGCCUCGGUUUCAGCGUGGUAGGCGGCAGGGACAGCCCUCGCGGUGAAAUGGGUAUCUUCGUGAGGAGGGUUUUCCCCGGUGGCCAAGCUGACGUCUCCAAGUCGCUGUUCCAAGGUGACGAAAUUGUAAGUUUAAAUGGAAAGGUACUGCGUGGCUACACACAUCAAGAGGUAAUCGAAUUGUUUAAAGCAGUGAGAGAGGGCCCUGUCGAGUUGGAAAUCACAAGGAGGCACAGGUAUCCAAAAAGUACGCAAAAAUCCGCGCCGUGCUGAGAAGAAGGCAACAAUGUGGACGAGUCUGCCCACCGGAAGUGCUCUUUUUCCAUUCAAUUCUAAGCGACACAGCUCUCGCCGCAUACGAAGUUUUAGGAUUCUAGUCUAUCAGAACGAAUCUUUGAUCUUUGACGUUUGUUUCAAUUAAUUUAUUUACCGCAGUUGCGUGGGAAAUAAGUUCAUUAUCGAACGAUUAUUAUUAUUAUUAUUAU